AUGUUGCAAAAGUUAUUUCGCUCAAAGCCUACAACUAAAAAUGAAGAAGACAAGUAUGCACAAUCUUUACUCGGAACUGACCCUUGGUCUCCCCCGACUUUCGACGCUAAUCAGAUACGAGUAAUUGUCUGUCAAGAUACUGGUGAUAAAACAAAGCUGACUUUAUUCGAUUCUGCUAUUUCCACAUCUCCUAAUGCGUCGAAUGACCGGGAUCAUGCAAAUAUUGAGUCUUCUUCUUGGAGUGGUGUUAGUUUUCUCACUGGACCCUUUUUGCCAAAAUCAAGUAGCGCAAUAAAUAUAAAAUCUUCUACUUCCACUCAUCCUCGUAUUCAGGAUUCUAUUCAUAAUAAUGAGAAUAAACGAAGAAGUUUUGAUUCUGUAAAUCAAUCAAAUGCCAAUACAUUACCACCAUCGAAUCGUAGUCCAAGAAAGACGGCUCACAAUAUUGAUAUAAUUGGUGAUAUGAUGUUUGGGACGGUUCCUUUAUCAUAUAAGGGAAUGACUACGAAAAUUCAUUUGAUGAGAUCUCCGAAACCACAGAUUUUGUUGACCAAACUAUUUUCCAUAAAUCCUUCGGAUUUAGAAAGCAAUUCUUCCGGGAGAAGAGGUUCUUUUUCGUCUACCAGUAGUGAUACAUCAAUGUCUUCUUCAACUCAAGGCAGUGUUAUAACCACAAAUGGUCCCCGAAAUACUUCAAAAACUACUUCAGAUUCUAGUUUAAUUUUUUUUGAUGAUUUCUCUGAAUUAAGCGAUGAUGAAUCCUUUCGUGCUACCUCUUCUGCAUCUCUUCCAUCUUUGUUUCACGCUGGUCCUCCGAUACUUGGUUUACGUACUUCUGGUGCCUCCGUUACUUCUACUUCGUCUCUUUCCACUUCACCAAGGAAUACUUUUACUAAUAGAAGACUGCGAAGAUUCAGUCAUACUAGUAUGGAAAAUGGUAUAUUUAACCCAACGCCCUUACCGGGCAGUACUGUGCGAUCUGAUCAGUUAUCUGGCAAUCUAAGUUUGAAACAUCCUUCACGUUCCUUUGUUUAUUCUGUUGGUGUAGUUUUAUCUUUGGAAGAUAAUGACCUUUUGGAGAGUUUUGUUUUCUCUCACUUUGCAUUGUUAGAAAACAGAUUACAUCAACUUUACUCUAACGUAUUCAAAUUAAUUUGUCAUCUCCUCCGAAAAUCCCCGCCGUCGUCUUCCAUAAGUGGACCCAAUUCUAUAUUCAAUUCACCUUGUCGACCUAGAAUUUCCGCUUCUUCUCUUUCAUCACUUAUGUUGCAGAAUGAACCAUUCUGGUUAGAUGUUGUGACGCGAUUUAAGACUUCGGUGUGCCAAUUAUAUAACGCACCGAGAAUUCAGGAGCCUUUAUGGUUGACCAUGUCAACAUUUCCGCAUAAAAGGGAGAAACUCGCAAAAAGUUUUAUGUCUGAAUUAUCUUAUCUAUUAGAAAAAUACGACGACAAAAGAUCGAAUUUCUUUAUAUCGACACUAAUUACCAGCGUUCUAAUGUACCAUCUUUCUUGGGUACCAACUGUUGCUAGUGUUGCUGAUUUUGAGGAGCGGAAUGGUAAAGAUUUAUUUUAUGAUCCAUUAUGGGCUCAAUUGGGAGAUUUAUAUGGAACCAUAGGGACUCCAUCAAUAAUGAGUAGAACCAUAAUUGUUGGAACUGAUGAAAAUACAGUUCGUCGAAUAUUGUUUAUUCUUAGUUACUUUAUACGAUGCAAUGAAAUAUUUGAAAGAUCAGAAGAUGUAAUUCCUUUAGGAUUACAGCUUGAAGAGGAGUGUAAGACAUCUUUAAACUGUGAUAAAAAUUUGUCUUCAGAAUCUACUCUAUCAGAUGGUAACUCUCCUCAAAAAGGAGAUGUUGAAACGUUGAAUGCGCAAAAUAUAAAUGAAAAGCAUUUUCCCUUCACGGAUAUUUCUGUAGAAAACUUUUUAGAUGUUCCAAUGCCCAAAUCGCAAAUUCAGGCUAUAGUACCUGAUCCGUCACCAGCCACGACAGAUAAAGAUAAAAAUGCAACAAAUAUAAAAGGUCCAUUUAAAGCAGAUGAACUAUUUGUAAAAUCUUACGGACGGUCACUGAUGGCCGGUUACUGUGAGAAAUACAUGUCAGACUUUGUAUUGAUGGGUCUCCCUAAUCUUGAUGAAUUUCAAGACUCGUUGGAAACUGAUUUAAAGAAUUCUUUGCGGAUGCAGCCAUUUUCUUCGCAAGAUCCAGUUUCAAAAUCAGUUUGCAUUUUGGGACAGUUGAAUACUUUGAGCUGCUCUAUUUUGGGAUGUGAAGCUUAUAAUAGUCAUAUUAUUGGUGGAAGUCCACCAGUAACGGUUCAGGAGGAUCACAUAAGAAAUGUCAGCGGAUAUUUUGUUCCAUCAAAUACUAAGUCAGAUUACGUAUCUACUAUGCUUCAUCAAUGUAAAAAUUUGUAUACAAAUAUUGAUAUGCCUGCAGAAUCUUGUUUAGAAUAUUUAGAAGAUCAACUAAGGAUUUUAUAUCAUAAAGCUAUUAUGUAUAAAAAUUAUUUUUCUAAAUCAUCACCUCCGACUUCAAUUUCAUCACAACAUUUAUUUGUACAACCAUCUAAAAAUGAGCAAGUACCAGUAAAUAUGUUAGAGGCACUAGGAUUACAUGAUUCAGAUAUUCAAUUAGUCGAUGCCGUUAGUUCUACUUUGUAA